AUGAGCGCCGCCGCCGCCGCCGCGCUGGUUUCCCCCGCGCUGCCCCCGGGGCCGCCGCUGCCGCCCGCCGCUUCCACGCUGCCCCCGGGGGCCGGAGCCGCCGCGAUCGCCGCCGCUGCCGCCGCCGCCGCCGCCGAGAGCUAUGGGGAGGAGGACCUGGACAGCCCCCCCGAGGAGGAGGACGGCGAGCGCAGCGGACGCGCGCGGGACUCCGACGAGGAUACGGAAGAUGCCAGCGAAACUGAUCUGGCGAAACACGAUGAGGAAGAUUACGUAGAAAUGAAGGAACAGAUGUACCAGGAUAAAUUGGCAUCGCUAAAGAGACAGCUGCAGCAACUACAGGAAGGUACCUUACAAGAAUAUCAGAAGAGGAUGAAGAAGCUGGAUCAGCAAUAUAAAGAGAGGAUUCGCAAUGCAGAGCUUUUUCUUCAGUUGGAAACAGAGCAGGUGGAACGAAACUACAUCAAAGAGAAGAAAGCAGCAGUGAAGGAGUUUGAGGAUAAGAAAAUUGAGCUGAAGGAGAGCUUGAUCGCGGAAUUGGAAGAGAAGAAAAAGAUGAUUGAGAGUGAGAAGCUCACCAUGGAACUGACAGGAGAUUCCAUGGAAGUGAAGCCGAUCAUGACAAGGAAAUUGCGGAGGAGACCGAACGAUCCCGUCCCCAUUCCUGACAAAAGGAGGAAACCAGCUCCAGCUCAGCUCAAUUAUCUCCUAACAGAUGAACAGAUAAUGGAAGAUUUGAGGACCCUGAAUAAGCUUAAGUCACCUAAAAGACCAGCGUCUCCUUCCUCGCCCGAGCACCUUCCGACCACGCCCGCAGAAUCCCCAGCCCAACGGUUUGAGGCACGGAUAGAAGACGGGAAGCUGUACUACGAUAAACGAUGGUAUCACAAAAGCCAGGCUAUUUACUUGGAAUCGAAAGAGAACACCAAAAUCAGCUGUGUGAUCAGCUCAGUGGGAGCCAACGAGAUCUGGGUGAGGAAAACCAGCGACAGCACAAAAAUGAGAAUCUACCUUGGACAGCUUCAGCGUGGCGCUUUCGUGAUCCGCCGCCGAUCUGCAGCUUGACUGUCUUUUUUUCCCAGAGGACUCUCGUAUUAAGGACAAUCGGCCACCUGCGAGAUGCGUGCUGGCGCUCUCUAGG